UCCGGCACGGUGCCUGGUUUAAGGUACACACUCCCGGCGCAAUUACUGGGGCGCCUUCUGUUCUCGGUCGCUAUAAUUUCCUUGCAAGGCGAGAGCGGGGUGACCUGGCCUUGCUCUUAGGCAUGCUCGGGCAGAGGAAUUCCUCUCUGCUGGGAUAUGAGCGUCUCGUCCCGCAUCCUCAAAAAUGGAGGCUGCAUUUGAUGGCAGUGAAGUAACUGUAGUAAUGGAGGAGAUAGAAAGCGCAUACACCUACGCCUCUCCAGUGCCAUCUAAAAAGAAGAAAAAAUAUAGAAGUCCCGGAGAUCAAGGGGAAAAGGCUAAAAAACCCAGAUCUGCGUACCUUCUGUAUUAUUAUGAUAUAUAUCUGAAAGUUCAGCAAGAACUCCCACAUCUUCCCCAGUCUGAAAUUAACAAGAAGAUCAGUGAGAGCUGGAGGCUGCUCAGUGUGGCUGAGAAGAGUUAUUAUCUGGAGAAGGCCAAGUUAGAAAAAGAAGGUCUAGACCCGAACUCAAAGUUGUCUUCCCUGACUGCUGUAGUUCCAGACAUUCCAGGUUUUCGUAAAAUCCUUCCUCGUUCAGAUUACAUAAUUAUUCCUAAAGGCAGUCUCCAGGAGGAGAGAAACAAGCAGCACUUGGAACUCUGUGUGACCCAAGGCCAAACAGCAUCGGAAGGACUAGCAGCUUCUACGAAUGUCACGAGCGUUUCCCACGGUACCGUGCAUAACAUCCUUUCUGUAGACUCCAGCCACAUUGGCAUUUCUGAGCAGUGCAUUGCUAUUGAAGGCAUUUCGGAAGACCCAGCAUCGUUUGUUCAGUCAGACACGAUAGAGGAAGUUGUUGCAUCAGAGAUCUUGUCUCAUUAUGUCAGGCCUGCUGCGCAUAAAGUUGCUGGAGAUGUCCUUGUGGAUGAGCCCCCUUUGGAAGUAGGGGAUAGCUACCCUUAUCAAGCAGCCAGUGUGGUCAUUGAAGAAACCCUGGUUAACAGCUCAGAUGCGUCCAGAGGGGGCAUUACUGUGGCACAACCACAGGCGUCCGAUGGCCUCUCUGUGGUAACGGUGGUGACCAGACGAGAUAGAGAAGAAAGUAAUUCUUCAACACCUACUGCGCAGUUCAUUAUGCUACCUCUGCCAGCCCAUUCUAUACUGGAGAAUCCAGCAUCAAUCAAACUGACUACUACCUAUACCCGCAGAGGACAUGGAAAUUGCUCCAAUCCUGGCUGUUCCUUUACUUACGUGACCAGACACAAGCCACCAAAAUGCCCAGUGUGUGGGAACUUUCUCGGAGGAAAAUGGAUCCCAAAGGAAAAACAGCCAAAAGGCAAAUCUGAGCCAAUUUCCUCUGUGCCUAUAAAAACACUGGGGCCCAAGCGUAGUCAGCAGCCGUUAGCCUUGGGAAAGGCAGUGGCUCAGGACAGUGCCUCAAAGUCGACACUGGAGAGCUCUGAAGCUGUCACCCAGCUUCUGAACGCAGCAGCCCCUGUUGGAGGGCAGGUGCAGGAGACGGAGUGGGAGGAAGUGAUCAUCUCUGAGGCUCACAUCCUUGCAAACAACGUGCAGCCAGAGGAGCAAGGAAAUGUCACUGCGGUCAUUCAGCUUCAAGAGGCCAUUGCGCAGGUAGACCCUCCCUUGGAACCAAAGGAGAGGGAGAAUGAGGGGUUGGAGACACAGCCGUCCGCUGAGAUGGCGAAUGCAGCCAACUUGCUUUCAAGCCCAACCUCUGCCGUGAAACAUCCCACAGGAGGUGAUGCUUUUGUCACUGCACCCAAGGGGCAGGAGCAGAGGAGCAAAGCAAGACCCAAGCCUUCCUUGCUGGCUGCGGCAAGACCCAUGAGGGCAAUUUUGCCUGCCCCUGUCAGCUUGGCGAGAGAAGCCAGUACGGAGCAGCCCUCUUGCAGACAGUCAUUUACAAACAACGAACAAAACUCCCCUGUAAGAAUCUCAGGACUGAAACCUAGUACUCUGAAGCAGCUGGGUCAGUCUCCCCUGCAGCCGCCCAGUGCUGAAGAACACAAGCCCCCUGGCAGCACAAACGGCUCGGCAUCUCAGGUCAAAGUGGUAGAGGUCAAACCGGAUGUAUUCCCCUCUUAUAAGUACAGCUGCACUGUAACCUUGGAUUUGGGGUUGGCAACAUCACGUGGAAGAGGGAAAUGUAAGAACCCUUCCUGCAAUUAUGUAUACACUAACCGGCACAAGCCCAGGAUCUGCCCCAGCUGUGGCUACAACCUUGCCAAAGACAGAGCUGAGAAAACAGCAAAAGCCCUGGAGGUCACCUCUAGCCCUGCACAGGUAUUGAACACCAGUGAGCCUCUAAUCCAUUCCCAAAAAGAGAUACAGCGUCAGUCUACUUUGCAGCUGCUGCGCAAAGCAAUACAGAUCCCAGAAAACGAAUCGGAGCUGGCGGAUGUGUUUGCACUGAUACAUGAACUCAAUAGCUCACGGCUCAUCCUGUCCAACAUGAAUGAGGAGACCGUCACCAUCGAGCAGACCUCUUGGUCAAACUAUUAUGAAUUUCCAUCAUCCCAGUGCCUUCUCUGUAACAGCCCUUUAUUCAAAGGAGGACCAAAUUCUCUUGCGGGCCCUCAGGAGUGCUGGUUGUUGACAGCUAACCGGCUGCAGGUGGUCACAGCUCAGCUCAAGGUGUGUGUCAAUGUGCAGUGCUUAGCCCUCCACAGCUUCAAUGAUAUCUACACUGGUUUGUUUAAUGUGGGUAACAAGCUUUUGGUGAGCCUGGACCUUUUGUUCACAAUCAGAAAUCACAUUAAACUUGGAGAGGAUCCGAAAGUGGCGGUCAGCAGCAUCUUGGAAUCCGUGCAAGAACAGACCGAGAGAAACCUGAGCACAGAGGAGUUAAGUCAGCUUGAGGAGUUGCUGUGCAAUGGCUAUUGGGCCUUUGAAUGCCUCACUGUCCGGGAUUAUAAUGAUAUGAUCUGUGGAGUCUGUGGCAUCGCGCCCAAAGUUGAAAUAGCCCAGAGGAAUGUGGAAAAUGUUUUGUCACUGAAAAAUAUUGAGUUUACCUGGCCAGAAUUCUUGUCAUCUAGUGAGGUAAAUGUGGAAGAUUUCUGGUCCACCAUGGAGACGGAAGUGAUAGAGCAGGUGGCAUUCCCCUCCAGCAUCCCUAUCACAAAGUUUGAUGCCUCUAUCAUAGCUCCCUUCUUCCCACCACUGAUGAGGGGCACUGUGGUUGUGAACACGGAGCGAGAGAAGAACCUCGAAGCACAUAUAAUGCCAGGUAAUGCAAGUGUUCUAGUGAGGCUGAUACAAGAUGAAACCUGUAAAAUGGAGCAAAUUGGUUCAUACAGUGAGGAAGAACUGCAAAAUUUCUUAACUCAGUGCAGCAUUCCCUGGGAAGCAGGGGAGUCAAAGGAGCAGCUCUGUCUCUCUCUUCUGUCUCUCUAUGAUUUUGUACAAAAUGGGACCCAGAUCAGUCAGCCCCCAGCACACUUCACCGGAGGGAAAAUUUACAAAGUGUGUCCGCACCAGGUCUUGUGCGGCUCCAAAUACAUUGUCAGGGGGGAAAGCCCCCGAGACCAUGUGGACCUUCUAGCCUCCUCGCGCCACUGGCCGCCUGUCUAUGUAGCAGAUCUGGCCACUUCUGUGGCAUUGUGCGCAGAUAUCUGCUAUCCUGACUUGACUGUGCAGAUGUGGGGGAGGAACCAGGGUUGCUUCUCUGAUCCCAUGGAGCCGUUACGGUAUGUAUCCUGCCCAGAACUUCUCGACAGGCACUACAGUGUGGAUAUGACCAGCGCUGAGCCUUCCGUUCAGCACCCAGUCACCAAAUCAGCAUCCCGCCAGAUAGUUCACACUGGGACAGAGCAGAGCGCUCAGAGUGAUCCAACAGCUCGGCAUCGUUCCCUCUCCCUUUGCCGGGAACUAGAACCAUAUGAUGCUAUCAUUGCAGCCAUCAACGACAGCAAAACCAAUAAUGCCCGUCAGAGGCCUAUAACCUUUGACAGUGCAACCCACUACUAUCUCUACAAUCGCCUGAUGGAUUUCCUCUCCAGCCGUGAAAUUGUGAACAGGCAGAUCCAUGAGAUUGUUCAGAGCUGCCAGCCUGGUGAAGUCGUGAUCCGGGAUACUCUGUACCGUCUUGGUGUGGCUCAGAUCAAGACAGAAAUGGACGAAGAGGAAGAGGUCCAAGGGGAGGAUGGUGUUGCAUAACUUGCUCUGGGCUUGUCACCAUUUUCCCGUAGGGAUGAGAGUGAGGCUGCAGAUACUCCAGGCUGUUUGUCACGCAGAUGAGCUCCAGUCCCGAAUAACUUUUGACAGCUUUCGUUGACCAAAGAGUCAUGUGCUUCCGUUGAAAUCUGGAUGGGUUUUUUGAUCUGCAGACAACUUGCUAUAAAAUGACAGGUUUCUUCUCCAGGGGGCUGCUCAAAUGCUUAAGCCAGCAGGGAUAAUGUGCUCUAAGGGGGAAACAGUCAGUUUCCGGUGGCCUAAAAUGGCUGGCAAGAGAAAGCAAAUAGAUUUAUAGAAGUUCAUCUAACCUGUUUUUCUUUUUUCUUUAAGUGUGUGCAUUGCCAGGUGUUGGGACCAUAAAUGGAAAGAAGAGCAUAAACCUGUGUGAUGCUUCCCAUGUUAUAUCCUGAAGGGGGUGGCCAUAAUAGCUUGAAGAACAUUUGGAGCCCAGCUGCUGCUAAGUUCUGUUCUGAACAGAUUUGAACUUGCAGACUGACUCCCCCCCCCCCCCGCUUCAUCAGUAUUGAGCGGGUAAGAGCAUAUCUGCUCCUGUGACCCAUACUGCCUCAGCCUGACUCUAUACAUUUAUUUUUAUGGUUGAAAUCCAGAGUGAGCUGUUUUUAAUGGCUAUGUGCAUUAAAAUAAGGAUUGGACUGUGGUAGGUUAUAAUUACCCUGGCUAACAUAGGUGUUACAAAGGUUCUUCAGGGAUUUGUAUGUUUUCAAUAAAGCUACCGGACUAUUGGUCAGGAGAGGAUUUUCAGGCACUUUACUUUAUAUCCUAUCCAUGGACUUAACAGAUGAUUGUCUAUACCUAUGCCUAGCGGCACUGCUAAACAUAUUUGUGCAACAGUAGUUGGAUUCAAUGAACAUAAUCCAACAAGAUAUGUUUUUCCAAUUAUUUCCUCAACUGAAACUUGUUAAGGGAGGCUACAUAACACUGUCCGGGCCCUUUGCAAACCACUAUAUACUCGCCAAUUCCAGCAUUACAAAACUGACAUGGGUGAGUUUCAUGUUGUCAUAUUCCCUCAGCCCUUUCUCCUCAGGAUGUGAUACAUUCAAUAAUGGUGUGUAAACUGCUUGUGUUGUCCACUGAUUUCCAUUCACUCUUGCUCAUACAUAAAUCUGAAAAGUGAAAUGGAUUUCUGCUACAGCUUUCCUGAAAUGUGGGAAAGCGUCAGGUUUCCACUAUGUUUUAUUCAGAUUUGUGGUGUGGACUUAAACUCCCUUCUGUGAAGGAUUCUAGUGUGUACUGUGCUGUAAAAACGAAAAAGAACCCUAUUGAAUUUCUGAGCAAAGCUUAUGAUUUUCUGUUAAAAAUGCUAAUUUAUGGAAGACACUUUUUCAGUCCGUGAUAAACUUUAAUAAAUUAUCUCUUCCAGUGUUGGAGGGUGAAGCUA